CCUCGCACGUACCUGUUGCCUAUGCAUACCUGCUAGAUCCGCUAUUUCACACCUGCAUUCUCACCCGUUUCUCGUGCUCGUGCAGUAACAGCGUCGCGUGGUCUGGAGAGGUAGUGUGCCUUCCACUACGUAAGCAUCAGCAUCCCGUGGAGUGAGCCAUUGAUCCACGGAGGUCUUCCGGACAUCGGCGUUUCCAAGCAUAGAGGCAGUUACACGAACAUUGCAUUUUCAACACCCUUUCAUUUGCCAGCAUGGCGCCCAAUGACGCGCUGCCAGCUGUCCUGGUGGUGAACGACGACGGGAUCGAGGCAGCGGGAAUCAAGGCGCUCGUGUCGGUGCUGGGCUCGGCGGGCUUCUGCCGCGUCUUCGUGUGCGCGCCUGACGUGGAGAAGUCAGCGUGUGCGCAGUCCAUCACUAUCCGGGAGACGCUCGAGGCAAAUCUAGUGGAGGACUACGAGGGCGCUGCUGUGGCCUACUCCCUCACAGGCACGCCAGCUGACUGUGCGUCCAUGGGUCUCUCGGGCCAGCUCUUCAAGGGCGUCAAGCCUCUCCUGGUCAUCAGUGGCAUCAACAAGGGUGCCAACACAGGCCGCCAAGUCAUCUAUUCCGGGACUGUAGCGGGUGCAAGGGAGGCAGUGAUUCAGGGCGUGCCAGGCAUCUCCAUCUCCCUCGACUGGGCCGAAUCAAGCACUGACGCCCACUUCUCUCCUGCUGCUGCCACGUGUCUGCCUCUCAUUCGCUGCGUUCUCGAGGCAGCCGCCUCUGGCCAGCUGUCUAGCAGCGGCGGGGACCGUCUGCUGCUCAACAUGAAUGUGCCCGUGGACCCCAGCAAGAGCAAGGGCUUCAAGCUGGCCCAGCAAGGUCAGGCGAGGGUGGCGUUCCCCUGGACGCACAUUGCCAAGAAGCGCACAGGGGUGCAACUGGCAGGCAUUGGGGGGGCAGGGGGAGGGGGAAGGGGGCUCCCGGGGAUGAUGGGGGGGCGAGGACUGCCGGGGAUGGUGGGAGGCAGGGGGCUUCCUGGUAUGGCAGGAGGGAGGGGUCUGCCGGGAAUGACUGGGCCCAGCCCGGUGUCUCUCGCUCAACUGGGAUCGGUUGCGUCUGCUGCUGGGGCAGCGCGGUGCAAGAUUCCAGGCGAGGAGGGCAAGGAGGGGGAUGGGGAGGAGCCAUGGCAGCCGCUGCAUAAGAUGCACUUCAGGCAUGAGCCGAGUGGGUGGGACGUGUUGGACAAGGACCCAGCCUUCGAUUCUGCUGCGCUGGCCCUCGGCUAUGUGACCGUGACCCCCCUCGCCAUCUCCACAUCUAUCAACGUCCAGCCUCAACUCAAAUCGGACCUGGCGUGGCUCGCACCCCUGCUGCCCAACGAUGCUUGAGCCGCCCUUUCGGUGAGCUGGUGCCAGGCUGCCAGCGGCACAACAAACAACUGUCACCUCAUUUUUUUCCCGUACAAACCGUUUUUUCCCGGCUUGCACUGUGGCUGCCCAACAAUGCCUUAACUGCUGAUUUGUUUCGGCUUGUGUUGAUUGUCUGCUGGUGAGUAGCACCAUAGGACAACUGUUGUAGCCUCACUUUAGGUCUCGCUCGCCUCUCGCAUGAGGUGGCCCAUGCGUUGGCCACUACAUUGUUGUGUCACAAUCUUCGGAAUAUUACGCAGAAUACUUACACAGGAAUUGUAGGCGCGGACAGGCAGGAAACUUACACUCAUCGCCAAACCGUUCUUGCAGUUAACAGCACUCGCACACAUGGCUUUUAUGGGGGCUUCCAAUGCUGUUCAACUUGUCGUGGCACAAGAAUAGCCCUGUCGAACCUCUUCUCUGUCUAGGGAGGGUAUUAGGGAGGUUUUCACUAGGGAAGGUGGAUAUGUGGAGCCAAACUCCCUUGAGGAUAUUCCUUAGUAUCCCUGUGAGUAGGAUUGGUGACUUUAUGCUAUGGUAUCAGAGCAAUGCAGG